GCCAGCGCCGCUCCAGGAUGCAGCAGUUCCUGGUGGCUCUGGAGGAAGAAGCUGUGAAGCUGGACAGGAUGAAGAUGGGGGCCAGCAUCUCCAGUGUGGCGGGCAGCAGUGUGAGCCUCGUGGGAGGCAUUGCAUCCAUCGCGGGCCUGGCUCUGGCCCCUUUCACGGCGGGGGCAUCGCUGACCCUCAUGAUGGUCGGCGUUGGGCUGGGGGUCACCAGUGGCUUGAGCAGCUUAGCUACAGGUAUCACCGAAUUAUCGGUCAACACUCACCACAGGAAGAAGAUCAAUGAAAUCUUCCAGAGAUUCUCUGAAGAUGUGAAGACUAUGCAGAAGUGUCUGGAGCAAGUGGCCAGGUGCAUUAUACCCAACACGGUGCCAGAUGGGCUGGAUGUUGCGACACGUGUUGUGACUUUAGCCAAAACCACACAUUCCGUGUCUAAAGGGAUAGAUGGCUUAGUGGAUUGUGCUUCCGCCAAAAAGGUGCUCAGAGCCAAAGAGUUGGCCUCAAAGUCAAAUGCUGCCCGAAAGAUUCCCAACAUGGCGGACGAUCUCGGGCAGUUGGCUAAGGGCACUCCCCUCACCCUAAGCAAGUCUGCCAGGGCGGGGUUCAUUGCCCUCAACGCCUUCUUCAUUGGCGUGGACAUCUUCUUCAUCUACAAAGACAGCAUCAGCCUGGCCAAUGGGGACAAGAGCGAUGUGUCAAAGGUCAUCCGCAGGAGGGCCAGUCUGUGGAAGACCGAGCUGGAUGCAUGGGAGAAGAUCUAUCACUCUCUGUGCAUCGGGAGAUUGAGCUUCGAAAGGAGUGAGGAGGUCCUACGGAUGCCAUUUUACCAGGCACAAAAAAGGGAGGAACUGGAUCAGCUGGCCGCUGGCUACAUUUCAGACACCAUGAGCUAUAUUCACACGGUGCAGGAGUUCUGCAUCAUACACUCAAUGUGGCUCCUACAUAGAAAGUCUGAGCUGAAGAGGAUGCAAGACGUCAUCAUGGACAGAGCGAAGAAGAUCAACCCCACAGCUAACCACUGCCUAAAUUCAGAGGACAAGAUGAAGGCCUUCGGGGAGUAUAUGUGCAGCAAGGUGACUGAGGUAACUGCAGAGGGAAGGACCCAGGAGCUGGAGGAGGAGCUGGGAUGCCUGCUCGAAGACACCUUGAAGGGGCUUAAGAAGCUGACCCCGUUCCUGGAGGCUGUGGAGAUGCUGGCGGUCACGUCGCUCUCCGUCUUCGAGGAGGAGAAUCCGGUGUGCCAGCUCCCUGAGGGGGUGAGCGCUGAUGCCGUUCGUUCAGUCAUCGCCGCCGCCAGGCGAGCCUGUCCGCUUUUGAUCCAUUUCCAGAGAGACAACAGCGAAUUCUUUCAGACCAGCCUGGUGAACAUGGACCUGCUGGCUUUCCAGCUGGACAAAUACUUGAGGGUUUCCCAGAAGUUGUAUGAGAUGCUCCAGGAAAGUUCAGGAAGUAUACCAUUUCAUGGAAUUAAUUAUAGGGCAGAGAAUGCCUCUGAGAAUGACCCAUGCCCCAUUUUGACCAACGAAGCCAUUCAGAACAUGUUUGACCAUUUGACUGACCUGAGGCACAUCAGAGUAGACCUGCACUUCAGAAUGACCUACCUGUUCAGGGAAUCAGCCCAGCCAUUCACCGACCUGUUCAAGCAGCACUGCUCCGGGGUGCGGAAGUUCCUGAAGGCUCUGGAGAAAGAAGCAGUGCAGCUGGACAGGAUGAAGAUGGGGGCCAGCAUCUUCCGCAUUUUGGGCAGUGUUCUGGGCUUUGUGGGAGGCAUUUUGUCCGUUGUGUCUGUUGUGACCAUUGUGUUAUUGUUGAAUGUCGGCUCAUGGCUGGGGAUCGCCGGUGGCAUAAUCGGCAUAGUUACAUGUAUCACCGAAAUCUGUGUCAACAUUUGCCAUGGCAACAAGAUCAAAAAAACCUUUGAGGACUACUCUAAAGAUGUGGAGACUAUGCUGGAGUGUCUGGAGAAAGCAGCCGGUCCCAUUAUACGCAGCACGGUGCCAGAUGUGCUGGAUGUUGUAGCUACUGCUCUGAAGGCCGCCAAAACUACGUAUUCCCUGAUUAAAGCUAUAGAUGUCAUCGCGGAUGCUUCCACCCUCGGAACCGAAGGGGUGGCCUCGAGUACAGUCAAGGUGGUGACUCAGGAGGUCAAAGCUGCCCGAAACAUCACCAACAUGGCAGCCAAUCUCACCGAUAUCAGGCAGUUGGCUAAGGGCACUCCCUCCGCACUAAGCACAUGUGAACUUGUGUGGAUCAUCGGCAGCAAUGUCUGCUGCAUGGGGAUGGACCUCUAUUUAAUCUGCAAAGAAGGAAAGACCCUGGCAAAUUUGUGCAAGAGCGAUGUGGACAAAAAGGACACGAGCGAUGUGUCAAAGGUCAUCCGCGGGAGGGCCAGUCUGUGUAAGACCGAGCUGGAUGCAUGGAAGAAGAUCUCUGGCUCUCUGUCCACUGGGUUAUCGAGCUUCGGAACGAGUGAGGAGGUCCUACAGAGGCCAUUUUAUACCUCGCAUGAAGAAUCCUGUUAG